CGCGGCCGCCCACGCAUGCGCACGCGCAUCCUUCCCCCCCCCCCGACAACGCGCUCCCGCCAGCCUGUAGCGCACGCGCAGUCCGUCCUCGCUCGCUCUGUCAGUCCCUGCAGGGCCCGGGGCGUCACCCCCGCAGAGCCCGCCCCGCUCCCGUGCGCCGAACGCUCCAUAUCCGGGUUCCCGCCGCCCCGCUGCCGCCGCCGCCGCCGCCGCCUCUCUCAUUCAGCCUUGCCGGGAGUGGUGUGGUUCCCCACCAAGAUGGCGGCCGUGGGGCGAGUCGGCUCUUUCGGUUCCUCUCCGGCGGGAUUAGCCUCGACUUACACGGGCGGCCCCUUGGCCAACGAGCUCACAUCGGGCAACGGCGGCGCCGCAGCCGGCGACGACGAGGACGGGCAGAACCUUUGGUCCUGCAUCCUCAGCGAGGUCUCCACCCGCUCGCGCUCCAAGCUCCCCGCCGGGAAGAACGUACUGCUGCUGGGUGAAGAUGGAGCUGGAAAAACAAGCCUCAUAAGAAAAAUUCAGGGAAUAGAGGAGUACAAGAAAGGAAGAGGAUUGGAAUAUUUGUACUUAAAUGUUCAUGAUGAAGACAGAGAUGAUCAAACAAGAUGUAAUAUAUGGAUCUUGGAUGGAGACCUAUAUCACAAAGGCCUCCUUAAAUUUUCCCUGGAUGCCGUUUCUCUGAAGGACACUCUAGUUAUGCUGGUUGUUGACAUGUCAAAGCCUUGGACUGCUUUGGAUUCUUUACAGAAAUGGGCAAGUGUUGUUAGAGAACAUAUUGACAAAUUAAAACUUCCUCCUGAAGAAAUGAAAGAAAUGGAACAAAAGUUGAUCAGAGACUUCCAGGAAUAUGUAGAGCCAGGAGAAGAUUUCCCAGCUUCUCCUCAGAGAAGGAACACCGUGUCGCAGGAAGACAAAGACGACAGUGUGGUUUUACCUCUCGGUGCGGAUACGCUUACACAUAACUUGGGCAUUCCAGUACUAGUAGUUUGCACAAAGUGUGAUGCCAUUAGUGUAUUGGAGAAAGAACAUGACUACAGAGAUGAACAUUUUGAUUUUAUUCAGUCACAUAUUCGGAAGUUUUGUUUACAGUAUGGUGCAGCACUUAUUUACACUUCAGUAAAAGAAAACAAAAAUAUAGAUUUAGUAUAUAAAUACAUUGUUCAGAAACUAUAUGGAUUUCCCUACAAGAUUCCUGCUGUUGUUGUGGAAAAAGAUGCAGUAUUUAUUCCAGCAGGGUGGGAUAAUGAUAAGAAAAUAGGAAUACUGCAUGAAAAUUUUCAAACAUUAAAAGCAGAAGAUAAUUUUGAAGACAUUAUAACUAAACCACCUGUCCGAAAGUUUGUUCAUGAGAAGGAAAUUGUGGCAGAAGAUGACCAAGUGUUUCUGAUGAAGCUACAGUCUCUUUUAGCAAAGCAGCCACCAACUGCAGCUGGAAGGCCUGUGGAUGCCUCACCAAGAGUCCCGGGAGGCUCCCCUCGAACACCAAAUAGAUCUGUGUCAUCCAAUGUUGCCAGUGUGUCACCCAUCCCUGCUGGGUCCAAAAAAAUUGAUCCAAACAUGAAAGCUGGAGCUACAAGUGAAGGUGUCCUGGCAAAUUUCUUCAAUAGUUUGCUGAGUAAAAAGACUGGUUCCCCAGGAGGCCCUGGUGUUGGUGGUGGCAGCCCUGGAAGUGGGGCUGCAGGUGGAAGCAGUGGUUUAUCACCGUCUGCCAAAAAGUCAGGCCAGAAGCCUGUCCUAUCAGAUGUUCACGCAGAACUGGACAGAAUUGCACGAAAACCAGUUACAGUUUCUUCUACAACAUCUACAUCUCCUACAGAAGGAGAAGCUUCUUGAAGAUACCAAAUAAAGCCAUUUAUUCAGUUUUCUGGGAUAAUGUAAACUUGCCUCUGCCUUUUCCUUCAAAAGUGGAAUUGGGAACUGGAGUGCUUUUUCAGAUGGACUAAAUUUAUGUCUUUUUGUGUGUGUGUGGUUUCCCAUUUUUGUAAAAGGGAGCUAUACAGAGGAAAAAUUAAUCUACACUAUGUAAGAUUGCUGUUUGCAUUGCCACUUUGCAUAAGGAAGUAAUUUUGGGUUUUGAAAAACUACAAAUUUAUAGAUCUGAAAUACAGCCAUGUGAUCAUAUUCUAAAGGCUAUUUAAAACAAAUAGGAGAGUUUAGGGAAGAGCAUAAAAUAAUGUGCUUUGGGCGUUUGACUGACUUGGAAAUCCAAGCUUAUUUUAAUUAAGACUAUUAAAAUCAUUUUUUAAAUUAUGAGUUAGUUUUGUUGGAAAAGAGAAAAUGAUCAAUGUCAAAUUUUCCACACCAACGUAAAUAUACCACCACACAUGGAAUAUGCGAGAGAACUAUCACAUAGCAUUUGAUACACUAGUCAUUAUCUCAAUCCAUGAUCCUGUACGUUGUCAUCAAAAUAUGAUUUAGAAAUAUUGGCCAAGAUUUGUUUCUUUAACUGAAAAGAAAGCACACUGUCUAAAUGUGUAAAAGAAAAAUGCAGAGGUUAUUAAAAUGUAAAGAGGUAACAGUCUUUGGAUUUGUCUAUAUGUAGAGACAGAGAGAUACCUCUCUCUCUGUCUCUAUAUAUAUAUGGCUCUGCCUUAAUAUACCCCUUUUUUGUUUGUGACUUUCAAUUGUAAUCAGUUAAUAAAGUAUUUAUUCUCUGCA